AUGGCCUCCACACGGAGUCUCAACAUGCACACGACGAGGCCGUCCAUCUCGGCGAGCUCGGGCGGCGCGGUUAAGUCGAGGCAGCUUACACAUCUCCAUUCGCAGCUGGCUCAGCUGUCUGCCAACCUUGCGGAUACGGAGAACCUGGUUCGUAUGACGAGCGUGCAGGCGGAGAGUAUGCGGGGACUGGGUGCGUGGCACGGCGGCAUGUUCAUGGCUGCGAGCAAGGUCCUCGGCGAGGAGGCUAUCAAUCGCGAUGCGGCGGCACAGGCUAAGGGCGGUCAGCGCUGA